AUGUUGAAACGAUUGAAAAAUAUUUUUAAUACACCCAAUGGUGAUGAAACAAUUAAUAUAAAAAAUUCUUUAUUAAAAAAGAAAUGUUUAUAUAAAGAACAAUCACCAUUAAAUGAAUGGAAAUUAAUUAAAGAAUUAGGUGAUGGAGCAUUUGGAAAAGUUUAUCAAGCUUAUCAUGAUCUAAGUAAACAAUAUGCUGCAGCGAAAGUUAUUGAAGAUUGUACUGAUGAUGAGUUACCUGAACAUACAAUUGAAAUAAAUAUUUUAUCGGAUUGUGAUCAUGAAAAUAUCAUUGGAUUUUAUGAUGCAUAUUAUUAUGAAAAAAAAUUAUAUAUUUUUCUUGAAUAUUGUAUAUAUGGUGCUGUUGAUCAUAUAAUGACAACACUUGAACAUGGAUUAGAUGAAAAACAGAUACGUUUUAUUGGAUAUGAAAUUUUAGAAGCAUUAGAUUAUUUACAUACACAACAAUUUGUUAUACAUCGAGAUGUUAAAGCAAGUAAUAUACUUAUAACACAAACUGGACAAGUUAAAUUAGCUGAUUUUGGUGUUUCGGCGAAAAAUUCUCAACAAGAUCAAAAAAGAAAUGAAUAUAUUGGAACGGUUUACUGGAUGGCACCAGAAGUAUUCUUUUGUGAAGCUAGUACAUAUAAUACAUAUGAUUAUCGUGUGGACAUAUGGUCAUUUGGUAUAACAUUAAUUGAAAUGGCUGAAAUGGAUCCUCCAUAUCAUGAAAUGCGUCAAGAACGUGUUGGUGCUAAAAUUCGUCAAGCAGCACCACCAACAUUAAGAGAUAUUCGUCGAUGGAGUACAGAUUUUAAUAAUCUAUUAUCAUGUUGUUUAAAACGUAAUCCAUUGGAACGUUUAACAUGUUCUGAAUUAAAACAACAUCCAUUUAUGUUAAAUGCUAAAUCAGUUCAUUCAUCCAUACUUUAUCUACUUGAAGAAUAUAAAGCAACACCAGUUGUUGAAGUUGUUGAAGAAGAUAUUAUUCUACCUACAUCUCAAUCAAAAAGUGAUAUAAAAAGUGAACAUCGUCUUUCGAAAGGUUCAAUUACUGAAGAAGAACUUAAAAAAUAUUCUGUUCCAUCAAAUACUGCUCUAUCUGAUGAUGAAGAUAAUGAUGUUGAUGAUGAUAAUCAUUCGUCUAUAGCUGAUGGAGAUAUUGCAACAUUAACUGAUGAUAUUCAACAAAAUGAACCAGCUAUUGUACUUAAACAAGUUCGACGUUUAUCAAGUACUGAAAUGGAAACAAUACCACCUACACUACCAAUAGUAGUAGUCACAGACAAUGAUGCUAAAUCAAAUGAAUCGAACAAUAUAACAAAUAAACCACCACAAAUUCCAGCAGUAAUCUCAUCGAUAAAACCUUCGUCAAAUAAAGCUCCAAAAAUACCAGCACCACUUUCGAACAGUACUACUAAUCCUGUAGUAAUGACUACUCCAUUUGCGCCGUCAAAAUUACGAGCUGCAUCUGAACCAAAAGAAUCAGCAAAAAAUUUAAAACUUCCAGCAUCAUCAUCACCAACACCAAUUAAACGUCUUACACCAACUCCAGCACCACCACCGCCACCACCAGCACCUGUAAUACCCAUUGUCAAUGGGCAUAAAAAGAAAACUUCGCUACCAAAUACACAAAAAGUUCCAUCACCAGAAAAAGUUAAAUCUACAAAUAAUAAACCUUUACCAUCACCAAUAUUUGUUCCUCCACCAACAAUACCAAAUCCAGCUAUUGCUCGUGCUGCUGCAAAUAUUGAAGUAGGCCGACUUGAAAUGGAAGAUUUAGCUCAAAAAGAAUUAACUAUUAUUUAUGAAUCUUAUAUUAAUGAUUUAAUUGAAGAAGUUAUACAAUCAGAUUUUGAAAAACCAUCUAUUCCUGAAGUUAUACUUGCUGUUAUUACUGAUUUAACAAAUGAUGAUGACGAUGAUGAUGAUAAGGAUGACCCUAAGCAUUUAAAUGGUUUUAAUCAAAUUUACAAUUUUAGUCAAGAUAAAUUACGUUCAUCAUCACCAACUAUAUAUAGUAAUAAUAAUAAUAAUGGUACAGCACAUACUGAUAUUGAUCCUUAUUAUGCACGUGCAAGUCAACUAACAGCAGCAAGUACAAAUGGAUUAAAUAAUCAUGAUUCUGUACGGAGUACAAGUAGUUCAAUUCAAAGUAUUGGUGUAAUAACAGGACCGGAUCCAGCAGCGACAUAUUUACAAACUCGAGCAACACGUCGUCGUACUAUUCGAACCACACGAAGAUUUGUUGGGCCGGAUGGUAAAGAAGAAGAAAUUGUUACUACUAAAAUUGUUGAACCACAUAAUGAUUAUCAAUCUCGAUUGUCUGAACGAAAAGAACAACAUCGUGAAUUUCGUCGUCUUUAUCAUCUUGAAGAAAAACGUCGUCAACAAUUAUUAAAUCGUCAUGAAUUUGAAAUAGAUGAACAACGACAAGAAUUUCGUCGUAAACGUGAUGAAUUAAUAAAGAAAUAUGAUUUUGAAUUACAAACAAUGGAACAAAAACAAAAAAUUGAAAUUGAACGUGAAAGUGUUAUAUUAACAAAUGAAUGUAAUAAAAAAAUGAAACAAAUUAAAAUUGAUCAAGAAAAAGAAUUAAAACAAUUUCGUGAACAAAUUCGUGAACAAUAUAAACAAAUUAAACGUGAAUUUGAAUCACCAUAUAAUAAUACAAAUAAUUCGAUGCUAUUAACUAAUAAUGGUAAUCAAACGAUAAAAGAUCGUAAAGAACAAAUAAAACGUUAUUUAAUUGAAAAAGAAAAUGAAGCAUAUUUACGUGAAAAACAAUUUACUGAUAAUCAACAACAAAUACUUGAGAAUCAAUUAAAAACAAUUGAAAAUUAUCAUAAACAACGUAUACAAAUCUUAGAAAGACAAUUUCUUGUUGAAAAACAAAAUUUAAUUAAAACAAAAGAACAAGCAUUAUGGGAAAUAGAUGAACAUGAAUUACGUUCACGUUAUGAUCUUUUACGUAAACAAACAAAAUCAUUUUAUUCAUUAUUUCGUACAAUGUUAACACAACAAUCCGAAAAAGAAUUACAACAAUUAGAUGAACAAAUACGUUUUGAACGUGAUGCACUUGAAGCACGUUUAAAUGAUGAUAGACGUGAAUGGCCAAGAACAUGGAAAAAAAUGCAAAAAACAAGAAAUAAACAAUUUCGACAACAAUUAAUGAUUAAUAAAACACCUAUUGAAGAAGAAAAAAUUUUAAUGAAAAAGUUUGAAAAUGAUGAAAAUGACCGACGUCGUAUUCAUGAAGAACGUUUAAAAGAAAAACAUCGCCAUUUAAUUCAAAAUCUUCAAAAUAAACAACAAGCUACAAGAAAUGAAUUACUACUUGUUCAAAGACAAAAAUUAGAACAAUGUAUUGAAUUCGAAACACGUAAAUUACAGGAACUCCAAUCGACUUUUGAAAGUGAUUGGAUGGAAUUUCGUAACACACAAAAAACAAGAAAAUUGACAUUUGUCUAUAAUGCUGAUGAGAUAUCUCUUGAAGCUUUACUUGAUCCAAAUUUUCGUCCAACAACACAAGCAGAAAAUCAUCAACAAAAAUUAACUCAACAAAUUCAUCAUCAUAAUAAUAAUUAUCAAUAUCCACAACAAUCAACAUCAAAUACACAACAAAAUGCUCGUUAUAAUCGAGCUUCGUUUGAUCCAUCAACAGAUUUACCAUUGAUACAACCAUAUUCAACAUUACCUACACGUCGUCGUCCGACUGGUUUAAACAAUAUUUCUAUUCAAACGCCUAUAUCUCUUCCAUUUUCGAGUGCGACAUUGCUCCGAACUCGAUUUUUACCAUUUACGACAAAUGUCGUACAGUCUCCAGUAUCAUCAUAUGCACCUGUUUUACUUCGUUCAACUGGUAAUUAUCGUAUGCAAUCGUGGCAUUCAUGGCCAGGCGAAAUUGAAGAAAAAUUUGCACGUGAAACAUUAAAACAAAGAGAUUUUUAUUUUGAUACGCCACCAACAUCAAAUUUUGGAACAUUAAAUUAA